AUGAGCAAAAGAGAGAGAGAAGAGUGAGAGAGAGAGCGGGGAAGAGUAAGAGAGAGAGAAAGAGGGAGGGAGGACCAUUGGGGUCCGCAAGCAAGCGAGGAUCAGCAACGGCAGAAUGAGACGGAGAGAGAUAGCGAGCGGUAAGGAGGUGGAGGAGAGCACUGCUGGACUAAAGGACUACCAGACACAAGAGAGCCACACCAGGAGCAGAGGACAGGAAAAACAUGCGGACUAAAGAGAAGGCUAAGAGAAGAAAAAACGUGAAGAGCCCACAGAAGUCAUCACCUGGGGGCUAUUGUUCAGAAACAGAGGAACGUUUUCACUGUGACGUCCAAUCAGGAGUGACUAAACCUGUACGCGGGUCUUCAAUGGAAGAACUAUGAGAAUUCAUUGACUAUUAAAGCUGCAUAUCCAGCUUGCAUAUACACAAACUAAUUCAAUCUGCCACCCAAGGCUCAAAGUUAACUGGUAAGAUAAAAGCUGGACCAUUCUGCUUUUCUAUUGGAAGUAGACUUGCUGAGGUUGGCUGAUGUCACAGCUCACCUCUAUCCCGUUCAGCUCCUCUGGGGGCUGAGCCAACCUGCAGAGGAGCAUGGGCAGGAGGGUGGCUCAUCCAAACAAUCCUGUGCCUGCACUGGGAGUUCCUCUUGCUGGGGGGCGAUGGGGCCCGCUGUGCAGUAUUGGUGUGCAGACAUCUCCCAGACUGCAGAUUCUGCCCUCCAUCAAGCGACACGGCAGCAACCCAGCCAGCACACAUCAGCCAGUCACCAUGGCAAUGGACAAAACAACAACAGCGGAGUCAACAGAAGUUAUCAGAAGUGACAGCAAUAGCCUUCCCGUGUCCAAAGAAACAUCUCAGAACGAGAUCAACAGCCUGACGCAGGACGACAUGGGCUCACAGGGGUCAGGAAGUGGCGUUUACUGCCAGAUCAGAACCGUACAAUCAAACCCCAAGGAUGCGAGAGGUAAAAGGACAGCUCGGUACACAAAUGGGAGCGUGGUAACGUCUGAUGUGGUGGGAGGGGUUUGCAGUGAAGCCACAGAAUGUAAGGAGCCAGCCCAAGAGAAGAGACGGGUGCAGUCUCUGCGAGGGGAAGGCCACCGCUCAGUGUUAAAGACAGGGAGUGUGUGUACCACUGUGCACGCCACCCCACCACGGCCCUGUCGAGUGAUGACAAACUCCCCGCAAAGCCUUUGUGGCACUUGUGGAAGAAGGCGAUCACAGGUUGCACCGUGCACAGGUGCAUGUCGCAGGAGGACAGUCAAUCAAAUCACAGCAAGCCAGACUUUACCGAACCCCCCACGGAAACCAUCGGUGGCUCCAACGCAGUCAAGAAAAGCCUCUGGUGCUGUAAACUCUCAGUCUGGCACCAAAAACACAGACACACUCGCUUCACAACAGCACACAUCUGUAAAAACUGCUCCAAUACCACAUCUGUCACACACCAUACCAAAAACAAACAGUUCACAUUCCACUCACUCCAUAGGUACUCAGAACAAAACGCAAGAUCCAAAGAAGCAGACCAGACCGCGCUCGGCAGACUGUACUUACUACAAAGACUCUGCCACACAAACCACAGAAACACAUGUGCACAAGAACACAGACAGCACCGCAGCUAAUGUGCAUACACAACAGGUGCACUCGUCAACUACGGAGGAAACAAAACCACAAUCAGAUGACAAACACAAUCAUAAUCUGGCUCAAGUCAAGAACUCUGAUGAGCAUGUUUCUCAACACACAACAGCCUGCAUCACGACUAAGCCUCAAUCUCCGUCCUUUCAAAGUGACUCAAAAUCUGGGAGCACGUCUCCGCUUCCACCAAAAAAUUCUCCAAAGGCCACUAAUUUCAAACCAGCAACUCCUGUGGAGCAAACCACACCACAGGAGUCCACAAAUACAUCCAAAACAACCUCUGAACAGAUCAAACUGAAGGACUAUGCGAAGCAGAAGAGUAAAUCAUUUGAUGACCACACUAUGCCUUGUAAGACUCAUAUGAAAGCACAAUGCAAUGGGGCACCGGGAGGACUGUUGGACGGACACACAGUGAACGCACCACGUGGGCUGGAGAGACAGCUGCAGAGUGUGGAGGAGAAUUUGCUGUCCAACCACGAGAAGAUAAAGGUGCUUCUCAACGUGAUUCAAGACCUGGAGAAGAGCAAGGCCUUCAGCGAAGGUCGUAGCUCAUACAGAACUGGUCAGGACAUAAACAACUGCGCGACCUGCCAGAGGACAGCCUGCAUCAUCUACAGCGUGGAGCAUGAUUUUCGACAGCAGGAGGGACGCUUCCAGGGGGUAAUAGAGGCCCUGGAGGGGGAAUAUGAUGUACCUGCACCAACUCUCACCAAGACCCCACCAGCCCCGUCUUCCUCCGGUCGCCCCAGCACCAAGGCUCGGGUCAAGAAAUUGCGCAAGAAGUGUUUCUGGUGGCUCUAAUCUCCGCGAAAGCUGCAAGUGGAUUUGUACAUUUGUGCAAAUACUGCUCUUGUGAAGGUGUGAGGCCUCUUCAAUGAAGUUCAGAGGGCGCUUUCUUUUCCAAAACUUCAACCAUGUAAACGUCGCUUUUACCACAGUAACCCAUCUUAAGCUCAGCAGAAUAUACUGGUGACCAAGUGGAAGAAAAGGGAAAUCUACUUAAGAUGAAAGAGGAAAACAAGGAGCUGUUCCAAAUACUUCUUUUACAGCCUGCUAGGCAGGACUUCCGCAGCUAAUGUGAAAGCUAACGUCCAACUGAAAGUGGGGACACUGCUCUUCAAGACCAAAUCUAUGACAGACAAAUGAAGCACCACUGAGACUUGGGGUAUCUGACAGGUAUAUCGUUACUCACCGGGCUGAGUGACUAUUUAGAAAGAUGGGAGUCACAUCAAUAAGCAGGGGACCUGUAAUCGUUUUUUUUUUUUUUUAAAUCCAAGGAAAUAAAUCGCUUGGAAUAUUUUGUCUUUGGAAAGCCUGGCAGCCAAAAAAAAAAUUGAAUGUAGCAACAAGGAUGAUAAGGAUCUUGGUGGAAAGCCAAAUGAGGACCUGUCCGGAAACGCAGUGAUCUGUCACAAACUUUGGGAAAGAAGAGCGGAAACUAUUUGCAAAUAGACAAUGUGAUAGGCAGCUGAUCAAAGACUGACUCUGUCAGAUAAUUAAAAAUUCUGUCAACAAUAGCUAACGGAAAGAUCAAAUCUCUCCUUUAUUACCGUCCAAAAUGGAAGUGUUUUGCUGUGAGCUCAAUCUUUCAAGGAUUGUCAAACACACAUGCAUAAUGCAUUGCAGUAUAUGCACAAAGAGGCUUGUGGGCACUAAUUUACACACACAGAAAAACCCACUGAAAUACAAGGAACUACUCCCCUUAUGCACGCAUGCAUUCAUUAUGUUUGUCACGGAGGACAAACUUGGGGUAGACCACCCAUCACUUCACUGUCAAAGACUGGCCAGUAUUAAUGCUGUAUAAUGUUUCAAUAUAUCUGUGGAAUCUGAAUCAACACAGCUUUAGUGAUUUCUGUGUCAUUAACACCAAAAACUAGCAGACGAUGUGUGAACUUUUCCCUAUUUACAUUGCAUAAAUUGCGCAAAAGGAUGUUCUGUUGGAAUGCAGUGACAUGGAGAGCUUUAUUGCGUGAACAAAAAAGUGAGCUACCUGGUCAAUUAAACAGAGGAAACAGAAUAAUCUAGUUGCUUCACCAUUCACAAACCAAAAAAAAAUGCUUUGCUCACAGUUACAAAUUCAUUAGAGUGUUGUAUAGCAUUUAAAUCAUACUGCCACUUCUAAUGUGUCCACUCAGUGACAUAAACCUGUGUUUUAAUAUGGGUCAACCCAGAACAGGAAAACCGCAGUUAAAUACACUGGAAGUAAUGUCUGUUCUGAGAAAUGAAAACUGAAAAUAUGCAGAACAUGUGUACGGCCCUAUCCCCCACACAAACACGCAGACAGACCUUCUUUUCAAUACAGACAGGUCAACAUUUGCCCAGUGCUUCUUCUACAGCACUUUAGAUCAUAGCCAGUAAUCUCAUAAGAACCUUCUUCAGCAUCCUCUGGAUGACAAGACGUCCCUAAUUAGAGUCCCAAAUGACACCAUACUAAUUACCCAAUCUAUAACCAAAAUGUCCUGUCAUAGCAUUUUUAUAAGCUGUUCCUUAACAGAGCGUGAGCACUCACAAAGCCCCUUUUCUUCUGAUCUUCCACUUGUACGUGCAAUAAAA